AUGUCGGACGAUGAAGAUAUGGAUGUCGUCUCCACGCAUGGGCAUUCCCACGACCCAGCUGAGACAGAACGACAGCUAGACGAAGAAUACCCAAAUCGGCCCCAAAAUCACUCUCCAACACUCCCAUUCCACACCCUCUUCGAAGACCUUUUCAAUCCUCUCAUUGAAAACAGGACGAACAAACCAAAUGCGGCGACCACCAACCGAAGAAAAGUAGGUCCAAAUGCUCACAACAGUACAUCCCCAUCCGAGAGACGUCGAGCCAUCAUUGAACGAUACAUCGCUCGAUGGCGACGAGACGUGGGAAAAGAUUUCUAUCCAGCGUUCCGUCUCAUCAUUCCCGACAAAGAUCGAGACCGCGGCGUCUAUGGUCUGAAAGAGAAGAUACUUGGUAAACUCCUGGUGAAGAUCAUGAAGAUUGAUAAGAAUUCGGAGGAUGGCUUCAAUCUCCUCCACUGGAAAAUCCCUGGCCAGAGCAAAUCCGCUGGAGAUUUCGCCUUACGAUGUUACGAAGUCAUUUCCAAACGGCCAAUGAGGAUUGACGUGGGGGACAUGAGUAUCGAAGAAGUCAACCACCUUCUAGACCAACUAUCGGCGGCGCCGAAGGAAGAAGGCCAAUUAGACAUUCUAACCGAGUUCUACAGACGAAUGAACGCCGAAGAGCUUAUGUGGCUGAUCCGGAUCAUCUUGCGGCAGAUGAAAGUUGGGGCGACGGAGAAGACGUUCUUCCAUAUCUUCCACCCCGAUGCUGAGACGCUGUUCAAUGUGUCCAGCAACCUGCGUCGGGUAUGUUGGGAGUUGUACGAUCCCAAUAUACGUCUCGAAGGUGACGAGACGGGAGUCAUGUUGAUGUCAUGUUUCCAACCGCAACUCGCCCAACACGAAAAGGAGUCACUCCAGAAAAUCGUCCAACGACUGCGGCCCACUGAUGAAGACGACGAAUUCUGGAUUGAGGAGAAACUAGAUGGGGAACGCAUGCAAUUACACAUGGUAACCGAGGAAUCAUGGCCAGGACAGAAACGUUUCAAGUUCUGGUCGCGGAAAGCCAAGGAUUAUACGUAUCUCUAUGGCGAAGGGUUCGAGGACGACUCCAGCGCUCUGACCCAGUUCAUCAAAAACACUUUCAGGCCGGAUGUCGAGAGUAUCAUUCUGGAUGGCGAGAUGAUUACGUGGGAUCCCGAACAGGACGCACCGGUCCCCUUUGGCAGCUUGAAAACGGCCGCUCUUGCUGAGCAACGCAAUCCGUUCGCGGGAGGCCAGAGACCGCUCUUCCGUGUCUUCGACAUUCUUCUCCUCAAUGGGCAAAAUCUGACUCGCUACACUCUGCGAGACCGUCGUAAAGCCCUGGAAGCGAGUGUCAGAACUGUACCUCGUCGCCUGGAACUCCAUGACUACAAGAUUGGAAGGACAGCUGAGGACGUCGAGGUCGAGUUGCGUGAAGUUGUCGCCCAGGCCUCGGAAGGGUUGAUGCUCAAAAGUCCUCGAUCUGCGUACCGUCUUGAUGACCGCAGUGGUGACUGGCAGAAAGUGAAGCCGGAGUAUAUGACUGGAUUUGGCGAAUCGUUUGAUUGUCUGAUCAUCGGCGCUUUUUACGGCUCUGGCCGGCGAGGAGGGAAGUUGUCGAGUUUUCUCUGCGGCUUACGUGCCCCGGCUGGUUACAAGGGUCAGAUCCAAAGCCAGAGUCAGCGGCCCACACAGAGUCAGACACGGAGAGAGAGCGAGGCCGAGCUCGACAGUGGAGAGCCGUCACAAAAGUUUGUCUCGUUCUUCAAGGUCGGGGGUGGCAUGACUGCGAAUGACUACGCUACCAUUCGCCACGAAACAGAUGGCAAAUGGAUCGAUUGGGAUGCAAAAAGGCCUCCAAUGCAAUACAUCGAGCUCGGAGGCGGACCCACCAUCCAGAAAGAGAAGCCUGAUGUCUGGAUCAAACCUGAAGACUCUCUGGUGCUUGAAGUCAAGGCGGCCCAAGUGACGACAAGUGAGGAUUACGGGUGUGGUAUGACAUUACGGUUCCCACGGUUCAAAAAACUACGCCGAGACAGGGAUUGGCGGACCGCUUUGUCUUUGGAAGAGUUCAAAGACCUGCGUGACAACAUCGAGAAGGAGCAGGAAACGAAGGCGAUGAAAGUGGAUGACCAGAAAAAGAAACAGCGGAAACCUGCACCACGCAAGAAAGUCAUAACCAUUGCCGGAUACAACGCCAAAGCCGUCAACAAUGCCUCCUUGCCCGAUGGUCCUGGCGGGAAGGUCUUUGAGGGGCUGACGUUCUAUAUCAUGACCGAGUCGAUAUCGCCAGCACCCAAGACAUCGAAGCUCGAACUCGAGGCGCUGGUGAAAGCCCACGGCGGCAAGAUCGUCCAGACGCAUAAUGCCGUCGCAGAGACCAUCUGCGUUGCUGCUCGACGGACCGUGAAAGUGGCAAGCCUGGAGAAGCGCGGCGAGAAGGAGAUGGUCAAGCCGAUGUGGAUAUUCGACUGUAUCGACCAAGCACGGAAGGAUUUCGCCAGAGGAUACCCGGAGGCUGUGUUGCCAAUGGAGCCGGAGCGACAUCUGUUCUUCGUGCCAACGGGGUCGGAGGACAGAUAUGCCGACAACGUGGACGACUACGGAGACAGCUUCGCCCGCGACACCAGCGUGGACGAGCUCAGCAAAUGCAUGGAUCAGAUGGCUGAUAUCCACGACAGCCAAAUCCACGAUGAGGACAAAUUCGCCGAGCUGUUCCCCGAGUACCUCGACAUGAAGGGGUAUAUGUUUCACGGGCUGGUCUUGUACUUUGACCAACCUGACCAAUCGCCGCAAGAUGAGGCGAAGACGAAGGCGAAGACAAAGGUGAAGGCGGAGGCGGAAGAGGGACAGCAGAACGGAUCACACUCGAUGUCCCACUUGGACUCGAACGCUGCCGUCGAAGCAGUGGAUGUCACUACGAUCCGCAACAUUGCUCUCUUUGCCGGAGCAAAGGUGGUAAUCCCAUCGUCCGAACCCGCGUCUGAUUCCAGGUCUGGACCUCCCUCCUCGACCCUGUCAAGACUCUCCGAAAACGAGAGACAGACCAUCACGCAUAUCGUCGCGCACUCCGCGUCGGAUCUGCCUGGUCUCCGCAAAGCCGUGGCGCGCUGGAAGGGCCGGAAGAUCCCGCAUAUCGUGAGCUCCGAGUGGAUUUGGACUUGUUGGCGUGAGAGUACUCGAGUCGACGAGGAGGCGUAUGUUGCCAGGUGA